AUGAUGCAAGACAACGGCAUCAAGAUCGCCGGUCGAUCUCAUCACUGCCGGGUCAAGCCGGGUGGCUCUCGUGAAGGCCCGUCACAGGAGGUAAGCAGCAGCACGUUCUUGCAGAAACGGGUGAAUUCGACACUGGAGGGCAAAGAGGUCAAGUGCCCUGGGCCACACACAACUGGAAUGGUGGCUACACAGGCACCAUCAAGAAGACUUGAGAAUGAAAGGUCAGUGCCGAUGCGGGCCGUCAACAGGAACCUACUGACAAUUCAGAGAAGGGACAAGGAGCUGGCGACCUGGAGCGCUCACCGGGCAGACUCCCCCGGGCUGCGUCUUGAUUUCUGUAAUUGGUCCAAGUGCCUUAUGCCUUAUGCUGCUUGCGCCCAGUGUUUCAAUGAUGGUCAGGAAUUUGGUCAAGCUCGUCUGGGCCUAAGGUCCCGCCGAAAAAAAACCUGGAGAAAGAGAUUCGCUGUCCUCUCCCACAGAGGCUCUGGAUGCUUCAGGCAAGAGGAGCUGAGUUACUGGCUGAAUUCGUUUCACAGUGCGAGCUCCACAAAAGGAGGAAGACUUACACCUCUCGUGCUCGGUGAAGAAGUGCGGUUUCACGGCCACGGUGGAGGGUGGGGCGGUGGGGAGCUCUGGAGUAGCUGCAUUCAGCCAACAGCCAGGAUGCAGCAAGGCUUGCGCUGCUUCACAAUGCGAAAGCGCCGCACUCACAGGUGA